AUGAACGCAGCGACCGACGAUGACGACAACGGCGACGUCGAUGACGAUGAUGUCGUCGCGAUGGGGACUUACGAACGACGCGUCGAGAUGAAGAAUCCGAUGUUCGAUAUGACUCAUUCGCGCGAUUACGAACAAAGACCACUCGCCGACGCUCUCGCUCGCACAAGGUGUCACUCGAUCUCGUUGGGCCCGCCUCCGCCGCCUGGCCUGCGUGCCCGGAUGCGGGGCCCCGCCCAGCAACGCGGACUGCGGAAGGAGAAGCAGGCGGCGGCAACGGUGGCGGCGACGGUCGGUGGUCGCCAGCCAGCAGCAGCCGGAGCAGAGCAGGGCGGAGCAGCAGCCGAAGCAGCAGGAGCCGAAGCACAGCCAACGGCCAACGGCCACAGCCGACGAGCAGCGGGCCGGCCGGCCGGCCUGCCGUCCCGUCCCCGUCCAGCCCCUCCUCUUCUAAACGAUAUUGCCAUCGAUUUUAGCGAAAUUGCGCUUUUUACGAAACUGGAUGAAGGCAAACAGAGAAAACAUAAGGAGAAGAAGAAGAGGGGCCCGCAAUACGUUGAAAAAACUCGGCAAUUUGUACCGAGAAAACGAUGA